UAUAAUCGAAAACCCUCUUAAAACCAUCCCUUUCAUCACACAAAAUUGCCGAUUACCCUGAACUGCUGCCGAUUUCCGGCAGCCUCUCGCUUCCGCACUCCUCGGUCACCCUACACAAGACCACUGCUGCACACCACGAGCAGGAUACACAGUUCAGCGAACCACCUUCUAACGGCUUGCCUGGUUUCUCAAUAAAGACAGCCUGGGGAGGGGGAAGGAGGAGGAUUGAGCAUUGCCCACCAGGUGUUUAUGAAUUGUUCCGAAAGAGAAGAAUAUCUGUUCUGAAUUGAUUAAAAAACGAAGGAAACUAUACAAUUACCUUGAACCCAAGUGAGUUCAUAUGGCGAAUAGCAAGUAUGAGUAUGUGAAGUCAUUUGAAGUUCAAGAUGAAAUCAUGCUUCCAAACAUCAUUGUUGUCCGAGUGGAUGGCCGUGAUUUUAACCGAUUUUCUGAAGUGCAUGAGUUUGAAAAACCAAAUGAUGAGAGAGCUCUGAAUUUGAUGAAUGCCUGUGCAUUUGCGGUUCUGGAGGAGUUUCCAGAUAUAAUCUUUGCAUAUGGAUUUAGUGAUGAAUACAGUUUCAUAUUCAAGAAAGACACCAAAUUUUACCAGAGGCGAGCCAGCAAAAUAAAUUCCCUUGUUGUAUCUUUCUUCACAUCUGUUUACGUCACCAAAUGGAAGGAAUUCUCUCUUCAGAAGGAUUUGAUGUUCCAUCCUUCAUUCAAAUCACGAGUUAUCUGCUGUGCAACAAUGGAAGUUCUUCAAACAUAUAUCUUGUGGAGACAAAGGGCUUGUCAUUUAGAAAACCUAUUUAAUACUUGUUUCUGGAAGCUGAUUGGAUGCGGAAAGUCUCAAAAGGAAGCAAAGGAAAUGUUGGAGGUGGUGGCACAAAAUUAUGAAAAAGAAAAAAUAAUUUGUGUUGAUUACUUUUAUUUACUUUUCAUUAUUAAGUCUUAUGUAUUAAAUCCUUCAGAUAGAUUCUGCAUGUUUGGUUUGAUAUUUGGUCAUUUAAGUUGCGGGUGGGAGAUUCCUGGUUAUUGA